AUGAAGAAUUGCAUUAGGUCCUUAUGCAAUGCCGAUGCCAAGGGUGCAUUCAAGCUCGGAAAGGAUAUAUCCCUACCCGAAACCUACGUACGACAUUCCAUAAACCCUCUCAAAAAUAUUGACGGGAAACCCCCGUCUCAAAGGACCAUUUUAGCCGUUUUUGCCGGAAAAAUGCACGGAUACCUCCGCCCCAUUCUUUUGCAACACUGGGAGAACAAAGACCCUGACAUGAAAAUAUUCGGGAAGCUACACGAGUCAAACGGUCAAAAGGCUUACGCUCAGUACAUGAAAAGCAGCAAAUACUGCAUAAGCGCAAAAGGGUACGAACCCUACACCCCACGUGUCGUGGAGGCCAUUUUCUAUGAGUGUGUUCCUGUCAUAAUAUCGGACAAUUACGUGCCCCCGUUUUUCGAGACGCUUAAUUGGGAGUCGUUUGCGGUUUUUGUGUUGGAGAGGGAUAUUCCGAAUUUGAAGAGGAUAGUGUUGUCGAUUAGCGAAGAAAGGUAUGUGGAGAUGCAGGAGAGGGUGAGGCGAGUGCAUAGUAUGCCUGUUGAGCAUGAUGUUUUCCACAUGGUACUACAUUCAUUGUGGUACACUAGGGUUUUCCAGGCUAAUUGA